AUGCCAGCGACCACCACGUUCACGGACCAUAACGGCAACACAACAAUUUUGCAGCUCCCUGCGACGUUCGGUCCGGGCGGCACCGUGCAUUACCAUCUUGGUGGCGCGUCGGUCAACGGCAUUCAGGGGACGGCAACAAUUUCUGUGCCAGGAGCGGCGCCUCUGAU